AUGUGUUCCUACCUUGCAGCUGCUCCCUACUGGGAUUUUGAUCCUCCCAAAGAUAUCGAACAACCGGAAGAAAGCACUACCGAACUCGAAUGUCUUGCAUCUGGACGACCUGCACCCAUAGUGCGAUGGAGUAUGAAUGGGAAACCACUGCAUGAGUUGGGUGAAGAUCCUCGGCGGCUUUUGCUCGAUAACGGAAGGGUUUUGAGACUUUCAUCGCUAAACCACGAUCUCGACACAGGAGUCUACCAAUGCAAUGCGUCCAACCCUCUAGGAUACGUCUAUGCCAAUGCUUUCGUCAAUGUCAAAGCUCACGCUCCUCGAUUCCUUAUGCCAUCUCACCGUACUUGGAAGGUCGUGCUAAGAAGCACCGUAUCACUAAAUUGCGAUGUAGAAGCUGCUCCGGACCCUGUUGUCAGAUGGGUCGAUCGUGACGAUACCCCACUGAGAGUGAUCGAAGGAAAAACACAGGUGGGCUAA